AUGAGGCGUGGCUCAGAUUCUGGAGGCUAUCCCUAUAGACCUUAUUACCCUAGUGAUAAUGGCUAUAAUACACAACCGCCGAGAUAUCCUCCCCCCAUGCAGCCUUAUUGUGGUCUUCCAUCAGCAUUCGGCCGACCCCCAUUUAAUCACCAAAACUACUAUGCACAAAGCUAUCAACCUCAACCCCACCCCGACCCAAUGGGGAACUGGUGUCCUCAAUAUUUGCCACCAUAUGCUAAUCAAGGAUAUCAGCAGCCAACUGGAAAUCAACGAAUAAUUACUCCAUCAGCUUCCGAUUCCCAUGGCGGUAGAAGCCAAAAUAGGCUCUCAAUUUGGAAAGAGAAGUGCAGUCGAGACCCUUGGGAAAAUGUUAAACCAGUGUCAGUUCCGAGUGGUGGAGAUCGGCUUGUCACAAGCACUGUUAAUCUACGUCAUACGGAUCUUCUAGGAACAGAUUUCAAUAAGCGUUGA